GGUCUGGUUAGACUUAUCGCCCACUCUGGGUUCACUUUGGCCACAAAGGUCAAAGCUGCAAAAAAAGGAAAAAUUGCAAUCAGUUUGUUAUAAUUUAGAGAAUAGAGAAUUCUUGGUGCUUGGAUUUAUUUGUUGAGAAGCUGGUUGAUUUCGAAUUGUGAAUCGUUUUUUUGUUUGUUUUGUUGCAAUGAUGGAACCCAACGUGUGCACGACGAACCCAGCUCUGCUGCAGAGGACAGCUUUAGUGAUUAGAGAGCUUUGCCACAUCCAGGAAAAUGUCGGGCUCCUACGAUGAAUCUGCAGGUGCUGACGACACCAUGGACAGCUUCUGGGAGGUGGGAAACUAUAAACGUGCCGUAAAGAGAUUUGACGAUGGCCACCGGCUCUGCAACGACCUUAUGGGCUGCCUGCAGGAGCGUGCCAAGAUAGAAAAAGCCUACGGUGAUCAGCUAACUGCCUGGUCCAAGAGGUGGAGACAACUUAUUGAGAAAGGUCCGCAGUACGGCUCUGUGGAGAAGGCCUGGCUGGGGGUGAUGACCGAGGCGGAGAAAGUGAGCGAGCUGCAUCAGGACGUGAAGAACAACCUGCUGAAUGAAGACGUGGAGAAAGUCAAGAACUGGCAGAAGGAGGCAUAUCACAAGCAAAUGAUCGGAGGCUUCAAAGAGGCCAAAGAAGCAGAGGAAGGCUUUAAGAAGGCACAGAAACCCUGGGCCAAAAAGCUGAAGGAGAUGGAGGCGGCUAAGAAAACAUACCAUAUGGCCUGCAAGGAGGAGAAGCUAGCUGCAGCCAGAGAGGCCAAUGGCAAAACGGAGGCUUCUGUCACUCCAGAUCAACAGAAGAAACUUCAUGAGAAAGUGGACAAAUGCAAACAGGAUGUGCAGAAGGCUAAAGAGAAGUACGAGAAGUCUUUGGAUGAGCUAAACAAGUGCACUCCACAGUACAUGGAGAGCAUGGAGCAGGUGUUUGACCAGUGCCAGCAGCAUGAAGUCAAGAGACUGACCUUCCUCAAGGAAGCCUUGCUGGACAUCAAACGCCAUCUUAACCUCACUGAGAACCAAAGCUAUUCCACAAUAUACAGAGAACUGGAGCGCAUGAUUCUGUCGGCAAACACACAAGAGGACCUGAAGUGGUUCAGCAACAACCACGGCCCGGGCAUGCCCAUGAACUGGCCUGUAUUCGAGGAGUACAACCCAGACCAGGCAGCCGCUCCUCCAAAGAAGAAGAAACCAGAUGGAGCCCCGCCCACUCCAAGCACCGACCACGUGGCUCCACCUGGUGACCGAAGCAGUGUGAGCAGCUACGAUAAGAACCAAGCGUAUUCAGCUGAGUGGUCCGAUGACGAGCAGCCCACAGCGUACUCGAGCAACGAGAACGGGGGGAACAGGAACUCGUUCGAAGACGACUCCAGCACCGGGAGAGGGGGGGUCCGUGUGCGUGCCCUCUAUGACUACGAUGGCCAGGAACAGGACGAGCUCACCUUCAAAGCAGGUGACGAGCUGACCAAGAUCGAGGACGAAGACGAGCAAGGCUGGUGUCGAGGUCGUUUAGACAGCGGCCAGGAGGGACUGUACCCAGCCAAUUAUGUUGAGUCGAUCUAGUCUCUUUCCUUGGACAAAGACAUGCCGCUGGAGGCAGCUUGAACCGUCCCGUCCAAACGUACCGCACAUAGCCAGAGACUUAAGAGCAACACAUCCCCUUGCCCCAAAGAAGAGCCAAGCAGUCUCUCCUAAAUAAAACUUAGUAAGCUAAAAAAGAUAAAAGAAAAGAUAGACACUGUAUAACAUACUCUAUCCAGCAUUUGGGGGAGGGUGGGUGGACUAACACAAUCAAAAGCCGCAGUUAUUCCAGUGUACACGCACUCAGCUAUAACACCCAGACAGUGCAGGAACACAUUGCUUCUCCCUGUAGCUGUAUUUAUUAUACGGUGCAGCUCAUUAUAUCUCACAGUGUUUUACGACGCGUUCUCUUGUGGAAAAAGGGAACAUAAUAUAAUCAGUUUUACCCAUUUAACAAAGAUGAGCUUCUCUAACCUGCAUUGUAUAUAUACACAGUGUGAUGCCAUUUUGUGUAGCAUUGUUAAUGCUGUGUACGUCAUUCUUGCAACAGGAAUGCUGUGUAUCGUUAAAAGUACCACAAACAGUAUCCGCGUUUUUAUUUAUUUAUUUUUUGUUUUGGUUUUUUUGUUUUUGUUUUUGUUUUUUUCUUUGCAGUUUGGUCCAGCCUCUUUUCCAGUGUGUGUGUGUGUUAUGUGUUUUGAACUGUUUCUGGACUUACAUAGCAGCAUGCGCUAUGUAAAAGACUUUGCAUUCCCAGUAUCCUGCAGCCUGGUUUAGGCUACAACUUGAUGCAACACUUGAACUCCAAAACAAUGCAGCAUUACAUGCUUCUGGAAAUGCACAUGCUUGUAAUUUCACGAGAAAAACAAGCUUCUCGAUGAACUGAACUUUA